CUCGGAAUUCCGUCGGUAUAUUCCGAGGAAACCCAAUUUUGUGUUUCCUCGGAAUUUCCUCGGAAAUUCCUCGGUAUAUUCCGAGCAUUUCAUUUUCCGUCGGAAUGUCCGUCAGAAUAUCGCUGUUUUCUUGUAGUGAUAGUCUGACUUGAUGUUGAUAUAGAUGUUAACUACUUGGCAACCAAUGUGAUUAUACAUGUUUUUUUUGAUAAACUGAAGUCUAGAACUCGUCUUUAUGUUAAUAAACUAUGAAACUAUAGGUCAAAACAUCGAAAUUUGUUUAUUUUCGUAGAUUAAUCUAAAUGCAAAACGAAACCAUAACAAUAUGGAAUAAAUAAAUAAUAGUGUUCCUGAUUUAUAAAAAAUAAUAAAAUAUCAUAAAAGCAAUUGAAGGUUAUUCGACCUUCAAAAAACAUAAUCCCCUAUAUAUUAAAGGAGAAACACUUAAAAAAUUUUCCUUAAAAAUCUAAUCUGACGUGGCUUCAUGAGAGGUCUCUAUUUACAAAAAUGCAUACUGAAUUAUUUUAAAAAGAUUUUUAACCUUUGCGCUUUAUUGACAUAGUUUGCAAGUAACACAUUUGUAAUUUAUUUCAAGUAUGUAUAUACUGAAUUAUUUCUGAUUAUUUUAUACAACUUAUCCCAUGAUCGCUAUCAUUAUGAAAGACCUCUAACAUGAUGUUCAGAGGACAAACAUUUAUGAAAAACAUCUUGUAAGACCGUGCAUACCUUUAUAUACCGCCAUAUUACUGUUAUAUUGUUUGUAAACCGAGAUGCAAGAUCACACCCUGAAUGACAAUGUGUAGCAUCAUUGAAGAAAAUAGUAUUGAAAUUUAAAUCGAAUAUGAAUAAUAGAAAGAUAUAUGUUAAUAGGAAACGACAGAGAAUAGAGAGGUCAACAGCUACUUAUAACUUAAUUUAGAUUAUCCCCUAUAUAUUAAAGAUGGCAUGGAAUGGGUAAAUGUAAACAUAAUAAAAAUAGAGGCCUUAUAUUAAAUAAAAUAUUCCAAAACACAAUAGAAAAACCAAAACCGAUAAUUAAAAUGUCAAAAACCAAAAAUGAAAACUCAAACAUAAGAGUAAAAAAAAUGGGGAAAAAGCCUCUAAAAAACAUGUCUUCCUGGUGAAACUCAUUAGCCACUUUUUCAGUCUUUUCCUUCUUGAUUCGAGUAGUACAUGGAGUCCUUGUAACCGAAUUCUGAUCGACUGCUUCUUCCAAGUUAACAAUAGUCGUCCCUCUGCGUUUGGCUGGAGUAAGAUCAGUUCGUUCAACUUCUUCAGAAGACUCAGCAGAUAGGAUGAGGGAACCCUGUAAGGAAAACCAAAUAAGUUAUAUAACUAAUAGAUAAAAUCAUUCUAGACAUGGAGUAUGGAGUAAUUAAAACUAAAAAAACAAAAACCUCUGGUGCAUCGGAGAGUACGGUAUUGUCGCCUGUAUAGGUUAGAUUUGGUAGCUGGCAAUUAUAUAAGGGCACACAUUAAGCAAACUACUGCGAAACGGUAUAAGUAUAAUUAAAUGCAAAACUCAAAUGGAUACCUUUGGGUAGACCUUUGUAUCAAACUCACUAAUUAUCUCAUCAUUGGUGAUAAUCUUAGUGACCUUGUAAGUGUCAUGGCUAUAGAGAAAGUUUUCUCUUUCAAUACCAACCUUGAACAAAUAAGUCUUUCCAACCAAAUUCUUAAGAGCAAGGGGUAUAGCAGCCGGUUCCUCAAGCUAUUAUACUAUAAAUUGCAUCUAUUAUAAGCUUAAGAACUAUAUAACCAUAUAAAAUAAUAUAGAUAUUAGAUAUUAUUAUAAUUGAUAUUAUUGGGAGCUGCGACCAGUGCCCGCUCAUCAAGGUGCAUUCACGCCCAUCAAGAAAAUAGAUAUUUAGUCAUUCACGCCCAUCAAGAAUAUCACGGUAGUUUGCAGGAUCAAACCCGGAAACCUCAGCAGGAAAAUCGCAAUCUCUUACACGUGUGGUUUCAAGGAAAGAGAUCGUGUAUUGAUGGUUAGUAGUUCGGUAUGAACCACAUGACUGUCCCACUGAGAAGUUGAUGAAUAUCUUUGAACUACCUUCGGACAGCUGCGGAUCAAAUUGAUUAACCAAAUCUUUCUUCACAGACGCAUGAAUCUUCACGCCCUGAAAAAAACAUUGGCAGUAAAAUGCUUCUUUCAAUUUCGUUUGAUAGAAAAACAUAGGUUUAUAUGAUAAGAGAAAAAACAUUAAGAAACUAACGUUACAGUCGACCACAACCAUCUCAAUUGUCAAGCCUCCUGCAGCGGAGUACUGCUUCCAAAGUCGAAUGAUCCUGACCCUGAUCUUCCACAUUGUUUUGAAAGGUUUGAGGUCAGUCACAUUGCUGAAAGAAGCCAUAAGUUUUAAUAUGCAAACGGUAUAAAGAAGGAUUCAAGUCCAUAACCUUGUCAAAAUUGUCAACCAUCUUGAACUCGAACGUACUUUAGGUUAUUUUAUUGGGAUGGAGAGUAAUAGAGGCGAGGCUUAAUAUAUAUUUACAAUCGUAUUAACAUUAGGUUAGAAUAUUUCACCUCUGUAACUAAGGAAAUAACCUAGUUAUGGCAAACCAAAAUCUCCUUAAUAUAAUACGACUCAAAAUAUACUUGCAGACCAAGCAUAAUAACCAACUUUCUAUAAAACUUAUGUCUGUUAGAUUUAACUAAUAAUCAAAAUAGACAUGUUACAUAAAUCAAUUUCAAACAAAUAUUCCUUAGUUUAUUUAUAUUUUGAAAAAAAACGAAAAUGAGCUAUAUACUCAUACGCCAUAUACUUCACAUGUUGGUUUACCAAGUUUGUGUAUGACACAUUUAAAAAGAAUUCCAUUGCAUGUCACUGCCACAAAGUAACUUUCACCACUAUCCAAUAUCAUGCAGAGAUAUUCCCUUGGUAAUGUUGUAAGCAUGCUAAAAGCGACACUUCCCCAACAGAAAGAAAACAAAACUUGUUUGCAUGAGGCUCCUUUUUUGACCGCUUUUUUCACCUCUUAUUCCUUUUGAUGAUCUAUUUAAGUAUUCCUCCUAGAACUGCUUGCACUCUCACAAAGACCAUAUGCCCACCGAGUGAGAUACUAAAGUAAGAGACAUACAAAUAACUUUGCGGUUAACAAAGAGAUCCCAUUUACGAUGGUCUCAGAAAAAUCGGUCAACAACUACAAAAACGCGCCACACAACGUUGAUCCAAAUUCCUAUGACGACGACCAAGGCGCAGAUCCAAAUUCCUAUUUCAGAAACCUCAGCCUUAGCUAUUUUGCUGCGGAGCCCCUCCGCAUGUUGCGUGACCACCACAAGAGUUAGUAUGCACUGGUGAUAUUUGCGUGGUAACGAAAACGUUUGUUUCGAAAGUUCAUAUUUGUGUGGUCUGUCUAUGUGUUAUAAACCUAAGCAUAGUUCGAAACUUGCAGAAGUCAAACAAAGACGUCUCAAGAACCCUAUAUAUAAGAGUCAUUAUCGCAUUUUUAACACAUACAAACCAAGAAAAGAGCCUAACCAAUAUCAAAAGCUAUUUCUUGUUUAUCUUGUUUUUUUAUAUUUCAUUCAAAGAGAAGAAAAUAUCUUACUAUGAUAAGGAGAUAAUUAGUGGUUCUAAUAAUCUUAGUUGUUAUUUUCGUCGUUGUUUUGGACGUUAUGCAAGUUGAAGCCACGAUGUAUUUCCCGGUGGCCGUCGAUGAGCUGUCGAUGAGCUCUGGUUCUGCUAUUGCAGGUGCUACAAAGAGGUCCGGUUUGAGGCUCUGGUAAGAAUGGUUGCACCCAUAUUCUUCGCGGCGGUUCAGGAAGGUGCCGCCACGGCUAAGCUGCCACGACAAACUUCUUCAUGCUUUGGCAGAGAGCUAAUUUGAUAUGCCUCUUACGUAGUCUUCCAAAACCAACACAUCACGUACGCUUGUAAAAUUGAAGAACCAACAUAAAGUGGAGAAGAAAAUUUGGUGUGUUACGUGAAUGUUAAUUUUGAGAAAGGCAAGAAUAGUUAAGGUAAGUUUUUUUUUGCAUUUAAAGCUUGCGUUUUUUAACAAACGCUCUCCAAGUGACACAUAUGCAUUUUUGUAAAUAGAGGUCUCUCGUGAAGCCACGUCAGAUUAGACUUUUAAGGAAAAAAAUUUAAGUGCUUCUCUUUUAAUAUAUAGGGGAUGUUAUGCAUUAAAUUUUAAAACUGCAAUUUAUCAAAAUAGACGGCGAACCAUGAAAUCUCAAACAUGGAAAGUAAGAAUCUAAGGUCUCCGUCUCAAUGGGGCGACACAAACGAAGACUCCCAAUUCUACAGGUGACAACAGACUUUAGACAAAGGGAACCUUGCGUUGAUGAAAGCAUCACUUAAAGUGAUUACUCUUACGCUAUUCAAAACCCAAAUAAUAUAACAAGCAAUAUUGUAAAGUCCAUUGCAUAAAGCAAUGCAUUAACUUUACUUUUCUUGCAAACCAAGCAACAUCUUAAAGCCAACGAUACCUUCUUCCACAGACGGAUGAGUUCUCUAUAAAUGUAACGAAUGUCGUUUAUAAAUAAAAACUGAAGUUUCAUAAAAGUAACAAACAAAUCCCUAUGGAAAACCUCAUCACCACUUUUGGUCCUAAACAUUCCCUUGAAAAGUCCGGUCCCCAUUCCACCCAAUAUUAUGAAAAGAGAUGUUACAUAUGCGUUAUUUGUAAAACAUGGAUCUCUUACGAGUCCAGUUGUUUUUAUUGUCGUCUAUGUGACUUCUGUUUUCACAAAGAAUGUCAGACUGCUUUGAUGGAGUCGAAUCCGACAAUAGAUCAUCCAGAGACACAUGAACAUACGCUCACCUUCAUUCGCAAAAAGAACUCUUUCAGUUGUGAUGCUUGCGGACUGGUCGGUGAGUUCGAGAUAAACAUGUACGGAUGUUUGCCCUGCAACUUCUUUAUCCACAGAGAUUGUAUCUAUUUACCAAAGAUUAUAAAGCUCACUCGUCACUCACACCGCUUGCUUCAUACUUAUCACGUUCCUGAUUGUAACACGAAAUGUCGAAUUUGUAAUGGUUCGUUUGUUUGGGGAUGUGGAGGAUAUAUUUGUACUGACAAGACAUGUGAUUAUAAACUCCAUUCAUAUUGUGCAACGCGUAAAGCUACGUGGGAUGGCAGAGAUUUGGAGCAAGAACUUGAAGAAAUCAGUAACUCUGAUCAAGAUGUUACGUCGUUGAAGGAGGUAGAUGGCAAAACGUUUCGCCAUUUUAGUCACCACCAUGAUUUAAUGAAACUCUGUGUCAACGGUGAAAAAGAAGGAGACGAACGAGUAUGUGAAGCCUGCAUCCUUCCCAUUGGCUCCGGUAGUUUCUUGGGUUGUAAAGAAUGUGACUUUGCACUCCAUGCCACUUGUGCAAAUCUUCCUCGGAAGCUGGAACACACGUUUCACCGUCAUCCGCUAACCCUAGAGGUGGACAUCAUCGAAGAAGGGUUCUUCAGUUGCUCUCAAUGUGAACGAGAAUCAUGUGGUUUCAUGUAUCGGUGCUGCCAAGAGGAAUGUGAGUUUAAAAUGGAUGCAAAGUGUGCUUCCCUUGCUGAUCCAUUAUACAAUGGAGCCCACCAACACCCUCUCACUCUAUUAGACAGUGGGGCAUGUUGUUACGAAUGCGAUUUAUAUUUUGAUUCAACACGCGCAACUCUGCCAGUGUUAGUUAAAUGCAACUAUGACAUGCACCCACUUAGCCUAUGUUUUACACAAUCAUUUAUAUGGUACAAGCCGUCGUUGUCUUGUGAUGCAUGUGAAAAAGGAAUAAACCCUGAUGUUCAAGAUAUCUACGUCUGCUUCGAUUGCAACACUGUUGUACACGUUGAGUGUGCAAUAGGGAAAUACCCGUAUCUAAAACAUGGCCAUACGAUCGAACUGAACGGUUUUGAGAUUGAGAUUGCAUCCAACAACAAUAUUUCUCGGCCUAUAUGUCAUGCAUGUCAUUCUAUAUGUCAGGAUAAACUGUUUUUCAGGAAUAAGAAAAAUGUCACGAUCUCUUUCUGUUCUAUCAACUGUGUAACAACCUCUUCGUAGAAAACCCUCCUGCAACCAUAACUUCUACCUUUCUCAUUUUAUUUUACUGUUGAUCAAGGCUGCAUGACAAUAAGACCUUGCUUUGCUUUCAGGUUAUUUGUAACUUAAACUACUAUCACUCGAAUAAAUUUGUAACAAUAAGUUUAUAGAAAAUACCUUCAAGAUAAUGUUAAAUUUAUCUAGAAAAUACUCCCAUCAUCAUUUAAACUUGUACACAAUAAUUUAAAAACUUUUCUAACCAGAUGAUUAAAUAACAAAUUCUCCAUGUAAUAAACAAAACAUUAUUACAUGGAGAUUUUGGGUAAUGGCAAAAAAGUUGAUAAAGAACUGAAUGGACCCCCACUGAUGAACUGAAUGCAUCAUUAUCGGGCGUACUUAGUGGAUAUCUUAGGUGAAUUUUCAUUUAAAAGAAAAUCAAAAACACUUAAUAACAUAAGAGCAUGAUUAUCCCUAUAACCCCAUAAGGAUUUCUUAAUCACUUUUUUAGUAUUAAAUGUGUGUUAAGAAUUUAGUUAAGAAACAAUUAAUUUUUUGUCCUCCAUUCAUAGUUUCUUAACUUAAGGGUUCUUAAACAAAAAAAGUGUGUGAUGAUUAAAGAGAGAAAGAAAAAAUGGAUGACUUUGGUUUAGUGAAUAAACAUAAAUAUAACAGAACAACAACAAGAAGGCACAACAUAAACAUAACAGAACAUUAACUCCAUUACAGAAUCAAUAGACAGAACAACCUAAACAGAGCUUACUUGUUUGCAACAACCGGAGGAACCACCCAAGUGUUUGCCCGGAAGCCAUGAAGAAGGUUGCCAAACUGAAACAGAACAACAAAUUAUUAUACUAUGAAGCCUUCUUAAUAACAUAACACAACACAUGCAGAAAUGGUUUUACGUACUUUAUUAUGCUCAAUGAAAGCUUUCAUAAGAGCAGUCAUAAGCCUGCAGACACAAUCACAACCACACCAGAGAUCACAAAACAGAACUGAAAAAAAUAAAAAGGUGAAACCUUUCUCAACAAUUGAAACUUACAGCAUCAAAAGGCAUGCUUAUAUAGCUCAACUAAAGAAUGACACAGAAGCUGAUGUUUCCCAGCUGGGUAAAAAAUUGUUCUUGACGCAACAAGCGUGAUAGGCUUCCCACUUGAAACUUUAAUCUGCAAAAUGGUAUAUCAAAUCAGUCCUAAGUUUCUCUCGAAAGCAAACAACUAAGAAAGAGUCCUUACAUCGAUUUGAAAGAGAUCAUCUAAUCCUUUAUCUUCAAUUGAUGGACGAACAUACCUCUGAUAUCUGCAAGAUUCAAGAAACGUUAAUCAGUACGCGAGAUUAGACUCAGAACGCGACGAGUUAGCGAGAAGGAAACUCACAUUGGAUUGGAGGAGUAAGGUGGGAGAAGGAGAAGAAUUCGUAAAAUUGCCCGAGACGAGUCGGUGGGCACAUGUUGAUUUCGCCCUUGUCUCCGCCUUCCGCAACCUGAGAAGCCUCACAUCCGCCGCCACGGCCGUUGCCCACGACGAGUUUCUUCUCUGAUUCCUUGAGCUUAGGGCUGAGAACGGAAUCUGAAUCGCCGGCAUCCUUGUGUCCAGAUUCCUUGGGAAACGAGCGAGACACCGGUGGUUUCGACGAACCGUUUCAUCAGAUCAGACGGAGAAAACCCUAACCUGGGUUCCCGGCGGUGGAGCUGACAGGACCUUCGACGAUUUUGAAGGCUCCUUUGAGCACAUAAGACAAAGUAAGGGCAUUGUUGAUCCGGCUCGACUGAACCUCGCUGUAGAUCGUCAACGGAGAAGACAAGAGAGGAGGAGAGAAAGAAAAGAAAGAGAAAAGAAAAAAAAGAAAAAAAAAUAAUCAAAUUUCACAGUUGCUGACACGUGGUUUAAGGAUACUUUUUAUUAUCGGUCCCCAAAAUCUUGUAUUAAGGAUCGCUUAUUACCUUUUUAUUUAGUUUUGAUUUAAAUAAAUGAUUUAUUUUGUUUAAAACCUCUUUUUAGAAACUGCAAUAAUCAUGUUCUAAGACAUGUUUCUUAGUUAGGGGAAGGAAGGAACGGUUCUUGAUGGCACGUGUAGGUAAAUGAGAAGAGAGAGGAGUGUCUUUGUUUCGUGGUUUGGUUCUGUUCGCUCUCUCUCGAUCGAAAGAUCGGAAUCCUCUAUCUCCGUGGCUCCUCGACGAAAGGACGUUGAGACUGACAUCGCUGAAACGCGCCGCGGUUGAGUCAUGCCGCAUCUUGGAAGUCCGAAGCUUCAGCCACGCAGUGGGUAUGCCUCCGCCUUUGAACAGCGUCAUCGAUCGACCCGCCGCUGAUUUCACCUGAGUUCGAUCAGAAUCAGAACCAACGGGGUUCGAUCGAUGAGAAGAGCUUCGGAUUCGUAAAAACUGUAGAGAUGUCGGCUAAUGUUAAAAUGAUAUUGAUUUCCUACGGUCAGGACUAGGAGAAACUUUUACACCUACGAAAGCGACAGAGGAAGAAGCCAUGAGGAACAAGGAGAAAGCGUGGGAGAGAAGGGAGAAGAGGAUGCAUGAGAUCUCUCUCCUUCGAUCCAUCCCUUACUCUGACCACCAGAGAUGGUGGUCUUCUGAAAAAUGUAGCAGUGGUGACUGGUUCUAACCGAGGUAUUGGACUCGAGAUCGCAAGACAGCUUCGGAUUGACUGUUGUUCUUACAGCUAGAAACGUGGAUGCUGGUCUUGAAGCAGUUACAUCCUUGAGUCUCCAAGAAGGUCUCAAGGUUGAUUUCCAUCAGCUUGAUGUCACGGUUUUAAUUGCACACUUUCUUGUGUCUGCAGGAGAUGCGGACGAGUCAAGCUGCCACAUUUCUUCUGUUGCAGCGGUGAGCCGGUAAACCCCCAGUGAGCAAGGCCACUAGAACUGGUGAUUAAGAUUCCUUAUAUGAUUACUCCUUGUCGGAUAUCCAGCGGGAUAUUAGAUUUUGGGUUUGCCACUGUGUUGGUGACUCAGGGCAAGAAUUUGAAGCUUACUGGAACUUUAGGGAACAGAGCUUCUGAGUAUUUUCUUGAUGGUUAUCAAGUUUAUAUAUGUAGCAGAAUGAGUCUCACACUAUAGAGUUUUUCAGGUUUGGGAUCUUUAAGGUUUUUGUUUCUGUUUUUUACAGGGAAAGUAACAGACAAGAAUGAUGUCUACUCUUUUGGAUUUGUUUCUGUCUUGUAUGCUCAUGUCAUCAAACGUUCCAUCUUAUUAGAAAGUUGUAUAAAUGGAAGUGUAUGCAAGCUCUUUCUUCUCAUAAGAUCAAACGUUCUUAAGUUC